AUGAAAUAAAUACUUUUAAUACUUUCUCUCCUUUCCUUAGGGUUUUGCUUGCAAAAUCCUUUGUUCUUGAAUGAAACCUACUCAACAGGGUUGGUUCAAAUAAGUAACACUAGCGAUAUAUUUUAUUUUCAUUUUGAAUCUAGAGCAAAUCCAUCAUAAGAUCCCUUGGUUUUCUGGUUAAGUGGUGGUCCAGGAUGCUCUUCAGAACUUGGGCUUUUCCUAGAAAAUGGGCCUUUUACUGUAAAUGAUAACCAGACUCUUUCAAACAAUCCUUACUCUUGGAACAAUUAAGCUAAUCUCGUCUUUAUAGAUUAACCUGUGGGAACUGGUUUCUCAAAUGCAGAAACUGAAGAUUUAGUGACAAGUGAGACAGCUUUAGGAUAAAACUUUUAUACAUUCAUUAAAGGAUUUUUGGAUUAAAAUCCAUAGUAUAUUGGAAGACCUUUAUUUAUUACAGGCGAGUCUUAUGCAGGCAAAUAUAUCCCAGCCAUUACAGUUGAGCUACUAAAGAGAAAAGAUCGUUAAAUUAACUUGUAAGGUGUAGCUAUAGGAAAUGGAUAGGUUGAUCCUAAAACAAUGUAUCCUGCAUAUGGAGAAUAUGCAUUAAAAAAUAAUUUAAUUUCAUCCUUCAAAUAUCGCACUAUGGUAAAUCCAACUUUGAAAGAAUGCUCAGAAUUAAUAUAAAAAAAUGCUCCUUUACAAUAAAUUUCUUAAACUUGCAACCUUGGGUUUGGCUAUAUUACCGGAUUUGGAGAAACCCCAAAAUUCAAUGUCUACGAUAUCAGAAAAUAAUGCUUAGGUUCUUUAUGCUACAACAUGACUAAUCUUGACAAUUUCCUUGCAAGAGAAGAUGUAAAGAGUGCUUUGGGUGUCUCAGGUAGAAACUGGGAAGAAUGCUCAACUAGAGUUCAUAAAGCUCUUUAGAAUGAUAUAUUCGUAGGCUAUUCAAGCUAUGUUGCUUAAAUUCUUGAAAGCGGAAUUAAAGUUUUAAUUUAUAGCGGAGACUAAGAUUUCAUUUGCAAUUAUAUUGGAGGUUUGACUUGGGUAAGUGAAAUGUAAUGGACUAAGUAAACCGAAUUCCAAAGUGCUUAGUUUGAGGAUUACAUAGUCAAUGGAAAGAGUGCAGGCUAAAUUAAAAGUGCUGGAAUUCUAUAAUUCUUGAGAGUUUAUCAAGCAGGCCAUCAAGUUCCUAUGGAUUAACCAGAAGUUGCUCUUGCAAUAUUAAACCAAUUUAUUGCUAAUACAACGAGCAAAGAUUAAACUAUCAUGUGA